AUGCCUUGCUUGAUGCCGUCGGUUCGACCGACGUUCGCCGCGCACUGCCUCGUGCUCGCCCUGCGCUCGCCGGUCUUCAAGGCGGAGCUCUGCGGCCCCAUGCGGGAGCUCGGCGGGGCAGCGCAGCCCAUCGCCGUCGAGGACAUGCAGCCGGAGGUGUUCCGGGCCAUGCUCCACUUCAUCUACACCGACUCCAUGGAUCGCAGCGACGACGACCUCGGGAGGGACUACCACGGCAGGAACUGCGACAUGGUCCGGCACCUGCUGAUGGCGGCGGACAGGUACGCCAUUGAGAGGCUCAAGCUGACCUGCCAGAGCAUCCUCUGCCGCAACCUGGACGUCAAGAACGUGGCGACGACGCUUGCCUUGGCCGAUUAG